CGGGAGGGCUUUUAACUCCUGAAAUUAUCUACUGGGGCAUUAUAAUUGCAUGGGCUUUCGGUCCAGCAAAAAAAAAGUUUUAAAACAUCAUCAUUUUAUGACAUCGUUUAAUAGUAAUGGUUAUGUGUUAUCUUAUUCAUAGGGAAUCAUGGAUGAGCAAGAGGAAGUCCAGCAAAAUAUGAUUUCAAAUUUGCCCUUAUUAUUCGCCAAUGGCUAUCCAACAUCAUUGGAAAAGAUAACAGAAUCACAGCUUGAAAAAUUCAUACCAUUCAUGGUGCGCUGUUCUCUUGGUCACAUAAAUUUUCAAGAAAAAACAGACUGCAGUGAACCGGAAUGGUGGCCUGAAGAUUUCCCGUUUACCAUACCCUUUAUUAAGCCGAAAAAAUUCACUGGGAAUUGGGCGCAAAAAAUGAAGGAAAUUAUUAUAAUCUGCUAUCAAUUUCAUCGAAGCGUUUUUCUACUUCGUUUCUGUAAUGAUUUAGCUGCGUAUGAGCAUGCGAGUCUACGCUUUAUUAACAAUUACAAUUCAACCACGUCACUCUUUGAACGACGCAGUAAUAAGUUGUUGGUGACUUUCAGAAAUGAAAAUAUGUCGUACGAUCAACCUCAGCGUAGUCGAAAAUGUUUGAUGCGUCAAAAAUCAAAGAGCGGCAAUCAAGGCAGAACAGAUGUCGAACAAAUAAUGGUGGAACCAGCACCGUUCGAUAUCUAUUUGUGUGACAAUUGCGAUGCAGAACUGUAUUCGAAAGAAGCUAUUUUGGAACACGAAAAGACUUGCAAUGUGGAUGAUGACGAUGACGACGUUAUUUUAUGUGAUACACCUGAACCGGGUGAAAACAGUGCACAGCCGAACGAUUCAAAACGUGAUACUGAGGAUAACGAGCUACGUAAUGGAUUCCUACUUAAUUUUAACCUGCAAUGUCGCGAAGAUAGUAAGAAUGGUAAAGUUCCAUGCAGAAACGAACCGACAGGAGCGUCUAAAGAUACUAAAGAUGAGAAAAACGGAUUUAUGAUCAUUGAUCGAAAUAAGCGCAUGCCGAGAAGGAAUCGCGCAGUACAUUCAUUGACUCGUUGCCCCACAAUACCAUUGUCGUCGCCCGCAGGCCAACUCCUGUUGCGCACUACAAAAACUGCCAUGACCCCAGAAUAUCUAACAGAGCGUCUGGAACGUUUGGAGCGUUUUUGCUUUGCACCAUUGCUCUCGAAAUCGCAUACGAAGCCGAAGUAUUUUGAGAAGAAGCAUACCUUCACCAAUACGCAUUGCACGUUUAAAAAGCCACAAGACUAUAGUUCGCAUGUAUACGUUUUCCCACGACGACAGUUUUCACAACGUAGACGUACGGAAGACUUUCUGUUCUUAAAUUCAUCACUAAUAAGACGCUGCCGUCCAAUUUCCGUGCGGCUAAAGAAAAUUACUGAUAACGAUGUAAAAAAUCGACGCUCAAUACCAAAUACAAAAUUGAAUAUAAAACUUACUCGAGAUGCUACACGGCGAUCCAAUUGGAAAAUAUCGUCACCAUCUACAGAAAUCAUUGUUGACACAAUUGAUUUGUGUUCAUCGGAUGAAGAAGAAAAUCGCAAUGGCGGUAGUAGUGAUAAGAAAACCCAUGCUGUUGUACAGAGGCGAACUGAUCCAGGAACAACAGGCAUUGAAAUGAUUCGCAAAGCUAUAACUACGCUCAGCAAUAGCCCCACCACCACCGCCGGUGCUGCUGCCGCCGCCAGCAUCGGUGCAACCACUGCAAACAGCGGCCUGGCGAAAGGUUCUCUAACAGUUUGUGCAGGCGGCAAGAAGAUAAGUCUCAAUACGGCUGAGGUUUCUAUAAUUCCUAUACGUAAAUCUACGCGAAGCAAUGGACCAGCCAAAGGGCCAGACAAGCCACAGAUUCGUAGCGCCACCACCACUGCCGCUGCAUCACUCGUAAAUCGAAUGACCUCAUCAUCAGCCACUAGCGUCUCGGUGAGUGCGUCCUCAACAGCAAGACCUGCCGUUACUGUAGCCACAAUUACAGAUACAGAAAGUAGCAAAUCUUCCACUUUUGAUAUAAAUGCACUAUUAACACCAACUGCUGCCCUAUUCGCUGCCCCCGAUCAUGGUAUAACGCUACCUAAACCACUGCAGCCAUCGGUUUACAUAUUUUCAAAUUAUGCUGCUAACGCAUUGACCUCAGCAGUGCCAACAACAAAUAAUGAAAUUACAACAGCGCCUAUCGCCGCCGUCGGCGGUAAUACAUCAUUCAGAAAUCAGAAUCAAGAAAAUCAUGCACAAAAUGGUACCAUCAACACCACUUCAGGGCUUGUAGUCAAACACCAAAUAGCCAAUAGUAAUGUAACCCCUACUAUAACACCAGAUUGGUAUCCGGAAUUGAAUGCGUUGGCCACAAAUACCAACACAAAUUUGAGCAAUACAACAACAAAGCAAGCGCACUUGGUGGAUCGCGAACGUGCACGAAGCCUAUCUUUAGUUUCACCGAGUCGUGUUAUAUCAAUUGAUCUGACCUCUUAAUUUUAUAUAUUAAAAAAAAAAAAAAAUUAAAACAUUAUAUUCUUAUUACUCGUUUAUACAAAUCUAGUUUAAAUUUAUGUCUAAUUCGCACUUAUUGUUGAAGUGUCAAGACCUAAUCACACACUUAAGUUGCAGUUACAUAAUGCUCUAUUUAUAAAUAUGUUUGUAAAUGCACCCAUACAUACAUACAUACAUGCAUAUGUAUAUAAAACAACAAUGGACCUAGUUUCUAUUCUUCUUUUGAUUCUAUUUAUUUCUUAUUUAUUAACCAAAAGCUUUAGAGUAAAAAUAUAGCUUAAAAUAAAAAACUCGGCAAGCGCGGAAAAUGUACACGAUUUUCUGUAUGUAAAGAUAUGUUAAUAUUCUUUAGUUCAAAAGCAAUACACUGUUCGUUGUUUGAGAAAACUUACGUAUAACUUACGCCAGUUUUUGUUUUGUUUCUAGUAAUUUCUGAAUAGAUAUUAAUGCAUAUGUAUUGCAUGGAUCUCGAUUGACUUACUCCAUAUUAAUUUUUGAGUACCAAAAGUACGCCAAAGUCUUUACAAACAAUGUGUCAAUGGUAUAGAAACAUAUGCAUGGCAGACAACAUGUUAGAGAUUUUUCAAAUUGCUUAACAAUUUUUUCUAAAUAAGGCUAAAUAAAAAUUCUUCCAAAGAAUUAUGUACAACAAAAUAUUUAAAACUAGCUAACUCAGAGAGUUUCGCCACAUGCUGAAACUUUCCGGAGAGCAAUUCUAGUAAGAUGUAUGAAAAA